AUGCUAUUCGAAAGUUCAAAAGCACAGAAAAGCAGCGAGGGGUUUCCUUUUGACGCUAGUGAUUUCAACAGUGCAUUGCCAAUCACUGUGCGACUGUUAUACUUCGAAUUACUUGUUCUGCAUCUGCUUUUUCUCUCCAUGAGAGUUUUACGGAAAUCAUCAGGCCAAGUAGAGGAAAAUGAUUACGGAUAUGGUUAUGCUGCCUGUCUUGUUCGGACGUAG